CAGAAGAGGGAGAGAAAGGGAGAGAGGGAGAGAGAUAAACGACGGGAGAGGAGUCUGAUAGAGCGAGACGGCGGAUCAAAGAAUCCGGAGGAGGGAGAGAACGUGCCGAUCCGCGGCGCGGUGGGAGAGACCGCGAGAUCGCGUCGACGAAAUACAAAGAGUGGGAGAGAGAGAGAAUGAGAGACGGUGAUAGAGGGAGCGAAUAGGAAGAGGGGGAAAGACGAACUCUCCUCCCGGUGGAGAGAGAAUCCAACGUGGAGAAAGAGGAAGUCGGGCCGCGAACGCGGGACGAGGAGAGCGAGUGGUGAGAGAGAAAGAGCCGGACCCGGCGUGAGGAGAGGGAAAACCACGGGGGCUUUUGAAAAAGUUUUAUCUUGUCGGUGCGCUCGGCCUCUCAGACGCUACCGAACGCCGGUACGGUGUUGUUGGGCCACGGCGUGGUCGCGGCCUCCUCGGCGACGUGUUUCUAGGAAAGAGAACGAACGGAGAGAGAAAGAAAGGAAGAAAGAGAGAGAGAGAGAGAGAGAGAGAAAAAGGCAGAAAAUCCCGCUCGUGCGCUCGCGAUUUCUGGUCCCGGUCCGGUCCUCCCGUCAACUUCCGUCCAUCUCGUUCGCCCGCGCGCCCGCGAACGUCCGCGCGAGAGAAUCCCGCGAGGACCGCCGAGGAGGAGGCUCUCGACGAACAUCAUCCGCAGGAUAAGAGGGCAAAUUCCUUCUGCGUGUCCUUGGAGGAAUUAUUUUUCCUUCGACCGUCUCGCCAUGUACCGUCGCUGAGGUGUCCCGCAGUGCCUAUCGAGAGAAAGAGCGAGCGAGAGAGAAGGAGAAAGAGGGACGAAUACGGCGAGGUAGGAAGAGAGAGAGAGAGAGAGAGAGAAAGAGGGUCAGUCAGGAAGAGGGCGAAGAGGUCGAGAAGUGACUCCUUGCCGGUCGCGACAGACGGCCAGCGGCAAGAUGAAGAACCGUGUGUUGCUAAAGAGUGCAUUGCUCCUGUUGCUGAUCGCGGCGGAUGGCCUGGUGACAGCAUCAGAGGAUGACGACUUGAUUUUCGAUCCAGAAGGCAAACUAACUGCGGCUCAAGUACCAUUGAUCGAAAAGCAUCAGGACGAUUCUAUUUUUCGCAGGAUAAAGAGAGGAGUUUUGGAUUUAAUUACAUCGCUAUCCACGACCACGACCACGACAACUACACCACCGCUGUCAGAUCAAGAAGAAGAAAAUGAGAUUCAAAAUCAGGAUAUUGACAAAUCCGUCAUCUUAAAUGUUGGAGAUGAAGGAAAUCAUACUCUUGAUCAGCCUGAAGUGCCAAAUGCCAAAACGGGUAUCGGUGUCAUCCAAAGAUUGGUUCUCGAAAAGAACGAAGACAAUGACGAAGUAGAUGAGCACGACAAUGAAAUUAACAACCCUGCAGAAAGUCAAAGAAUACUACUAACGUACGGAAAUACCGAUGAUGAAGAUUUGGCUGGUUCAGGAGAGAUCGAAGGCAGCGCAGGCGAAGUGGAUUACUCUCCCAACUCAGGAAACACACAUCGCAAUACUGACGGCAAAGCACGCUUCUAUCGAAUAACACUGACAGUUGGCGAGCCCUACAGACGAGAAUACGCUGACAGAAACAGUCUUGAAUACCGAGAAUUGAGUAGCAAUCUUACACACGCCGUCGAGAAUUUGUACAAUCGUCACAUUCCAGGAUACAAUCAUUUCGCCAGCGUCGUCAAGAUAUCACCAACGACCGACGCUUUUACGUCGCAAGUUACUCUAGACAUUGGUUCGACAUUCACGGACGAGCUCGAAGUGCGUGCUAUCCUAGAGCAACAGCUGCAAUAUCAUUCCUUGGGCAGUAUCCAAGUAGGUCCGGAGGGAUUCACAUUCAGGAUAUUCCAAGCCGGAGAGAAGGACACGCAGCCGGAAUGCGAUCAGAUGACAGAAUUAAGGUGCAGAAGCGGCGAAUGCGUACCUCUAGAAUCUCGAUGUGAUGGUGUAUCGCAAUGCAACGAUAAUUCCGAUGAGGACAACUGCCCGACAGAUUCGUUGAAUAAGACACGCGACGAUUUUGAAUACACCACCGUGACAUCACAACAUCCCUCGCUACAUUUCCCGACGGAGACGACUCACACGGUAAAUCCGGAGGUACCGGACACCGACGACAAGCAGACCGAGGAGUCCACGCUGAGGUCGUCUUCGAACAAGUGCCGCGCCGAUGACACGGUACGCUGUCACGACGGCAGUCGUUACAUCUGUUCGGUACAGCAGUGCGAUGGCGUUCCGGACUGCGAUGACGGUGGUGACGAGAUCGAUUGCCCGCAUCCAGGCUGUAGUGCUGGCGAGUUCGCGUGCGACGUAAGCAGAUGUAUAUUGGAAUCUCAACGAUGCAACUUUGUGGAGGAUUGCCAAGAUGGUAGCGACGAACAUGACUGCAAUUAUCCAGCUUGUUCUUCGACCGAAUUCAUAUGCAGAAACGGGCAGUGCAUCGACAGUAACAGAUACUGCGAUGGCGUGCAAGAUUGCCACGAUGGAUCCGAUGAACACAAUUGCCCCUGCAAGGAAGACCAAUUCGAAUGCACGCCUGGUUAUUGCGUGCCCUUAUCACGACGCUGUGACGGAUACACGGACUGUAUCGGUGGAAGGGAUGAACAAAAUUGUUACAACAUGACACGAUGUCGAGCGGACGAAUUCGAGUGCGCCAGCGGUUCGUGUGUCAGCAAAAAUGCAAGAUGUGAUGGACGAAACGAUUGUCUCGAUCAUUCUGACGAAUAUAAUUGCAAUGUAACCACCUGUAGUGGGGAUCAAUUCCGUUGUCUGGAUGGCAUCUGCUUAAGUAUCGACAAGCGUUGCAACGGAAUCGCCAAUUGCCGUAACGGCGAAGAUGAGAAUCAAUGCGGUUGCGGAGACACCGAGUUUCGCUGCACGGACGGCCACUGCAUCAGCUACGUGUUGCAGUGCAACGGGGUGAACGAGUGCUCUGAUGGCUCUGAUGAGAGGGACUGCGGUUUGGCUCCAUGCCCUUCCACGGACUUCACCUGCGGGGAUGGCUCUUGCAUAUCGAAAAGCUCGGUCUGUGACGGAUUCGACGACUGCCCCAGGGCAGAAGACGAGCUUUAUUGCGAGCGGGAAUGCACGCCUAACCAGUUCAAAUGCGCCACCGGGAACAAGUGCAUCGAGGAUGUCUACAGGUGCGACGGCCAUCCGGAUUGUCCAGAUCACAGCGACGAGGACUGCGCCCCGUCCGCUAACGACACUACACACACCACUUCACCUACCACCAACCCGCCCGAUCCACGCUGGACACCCGAACGCAGGAGGGAAUGCGAUCCGAGGACAGAGAUGCGCUGCGAUGAUGGGGGUUGCGUUCUCUUACGACGUAAAUGCGACAAUAUCUUCGACUGUCUCGACGGCAGCGACGAGCGCGGCUGCGGGGUAUGCACACCUGCCGAAUGGAAGUGUGCCAGUGGCGAAUGCUUGCCGGAAAACCAAAGGUGUGACGGAAUAACGCAGUGCAGCGACGGAUCUGAUGAGGAUCUAUGUGUAACCGAAUGUCCACCUGGGUGGUUUCGAUGCAACGAUGGAGUGUGCCUCGACGUUAAGAGACGUUGCGAUGGCCGACCGCAUUGCUUGGACGGCUCCGACGAGUUCAAUUGCUCUCGUAACAAAUGCCCCGACGGUCAACUACCCUGCGACAAUGGCGUCUGUAUCAAUAAGAACUUCUUCUGCGACCACAAUAUCGACUGCCAUGACGCUAGUGACGAACGAAAUUGCCCGGAGAGCGGAGAGACCGGCAGUUCAGGCCACGAAUGCCACGAGGGUAGCUUCAUCUGCAGCGAUGGCAGCUGCAUACCUCCAACUGCAGUGUGCGAUGGACGUGCGGAUUGUCCGCACGAUGAAGACGAGAUUAACUGCCGUCGAGGAUGCACUCGGGACCAGUUCCAGUGCGCCAAUGGAGAUUGCAUCCGCGCCGAUCAGAGAUGCAAUGGGUUCAUCGAGUGCUCCGACGGUUCCGACGAGCCGGAGGAAUGCGAGCCGCCAAAGCCAACAUCAGGUCAAUGUGUCGCGGAUCAAUAUAUGUGCAUUUCGGAUAGAAGAUGCGUCCCAUUACUAUAAUUGACAACGCGACUUCCUGACUUUCUCGCCUAAUCAAGAUAAUCUAAGCGAUUCUGCGAAAACGCAGCAUAAUGACACGCAUUUAACGACGAAACUAAAGAUCGCGAAGCGGUAUGCUCGCACGAAGAGUGGAGGUGCAAGAGCGGCGAUUGUAUACCUCAACAUCAACGUUGUGAUCGCCGGAUUGAUUGCCCGUACGACGACAGCGACGAGCUGGGCUGUCACUAUAGAGCGAUGCAAAGAAAUCACAGUAGGUGCAGCGCGCAUGAAUGGACGUGCAAUGACGGUCAUUGCAUCCCGCUGCAUCAGCGGUGCGACAAAAGGCUCGACUGUCCUAGAGAUAUGUCCGAUGAGAUGGAUUGCAGUUAUGAUAAUUAUACCGAUGGAACAUCUGACCUUAGACUGAAGACUUAUCCCAGUGAACAAGUGAUUAAAGAAAGUCGCGAGGUCGUGUUCCAAUGCCGUGACGAGGGUCUUCUACGUGCCAGAGUACGUUGGAUUCGCGGCAACGGCCUUCCUCUGCCGCCCGGCAGCCGAGACAUCAACGGUCGCCUGGAGAUACCCAAUAUUCAACUCGAGCACGCUGGAUCCUACAUCUGCGAAGCCUUGGGUUAUCCACCGUCCACCCCAGGUCGUCAAGUGACCGUUGUUCUUACUGUUGAAAAAUUUGAGCAGCCAGCCACCAGACCACCACAAGUGUGCCAGUACGAUCAGGCUACCUGCAGCAACGGCGACUGUAUUCCCAAAUCGUACGUUUGCGAUGGUAAAUUCGAUUGCACCGAUGGAUCCGACGAGAUGCGGUGCAGUCCGCACGGAUGUGAGCCCAACGAGUUUCGCUGCAAUAAUAAGCAGUGCGUCAGCAAGUUGUGGCGUUGCGACGGCGACAAGGACUGCGCGGACAACAGCGACGAGGAGAACUGCGCGCCGUCUCCCCCGGGAUCUCCGUGCCGUUACAACGAGUUCGCCUGCAGCAGCAAUAAACAGUGCAUCCCGAAAAGCUACCACUGCGACAUGGAGCGCGACUGCUUGGACGGCAGCGACGAAGUUGGAUGCUCUCCCGUUUACAUCGUGAAACCUCCACCACCAAUGGUCGUCCUCGUGCCGGGCGACAUGUUGGUCCUUACCUGUACCGCAAUCGGUGUUCCGAUACCGGAAAUCAACUGGCGUCUCAAUUGGGGACAUAUCCCCGCGAAAUGCACAACUGUGUCCACUAAUGGAACGGGUACAUUAACGUGUCCAGAUAUACAGGUGGAGGACCAAGGUGCGUACUCGUGCGAGGCGUUGAACGUCGGAGGCUUCGUCUUCGCCGUGCCGGAUGCCAUCGUUGUCGUGAACGAUCGCAAUAUCUGCCCUAAAGGCAAAUUCAAUUCUGAAGCGAAGACUGUUGAGGAGUGUAUCUCAUGCUUCUGCUUCGGCGUCGCCACCGAAUGCCGCAGCGCCGAUCUCUUCACUUAUCAGAUCCCGCCACCAUUCGACCGCCACAAGAUUGUGUCGGUUGAAACCAUUCCGACGAUUAGAAUCCACGGUGACGUUAGUAAUCAAAUAUCCCAGAUCCGUUCGCUUGGCCGGGACGGCGUUCAGCUGUUGGAGUCCUUCAGUAACGAUUUGAAUGUGUACAACAUUCCUUACUUCGCGCUGCCGGAGAACUAUCACGGCAGUCAAUUGAAGUCCUACGGCGGCUACCUAAGAUACUCAAUUCGCCACAGCGGUAACGGCACGCCGAACUACGCCCCUUCCGUUAUUUUAAGUGGCAACAAUUACGUCUUGGUGCACAAAGGUGAAGAGCCAACGCCGGAUUACGAGAACGAGAGGUCGGUCAGGUUCUUCUAUGGCGAUUGGUAUAAGCAACAAGGAAGAAGCGAAGUCCUAGCUUCCAGGGAGGAAAUCAUGAUGACGUUGGCAAGCGUUGACAAUAUUCUUAUAAAGGUGAAAUACGACGACUCUUCGCAGCUAGAUGUUCGUCUCACUAAUAUCAUUAUGGACACCGCUGAUGCGCGAAAUACUGGCCUAGGAUCCGCGUCCUUCGUCGAAGAAUGUCAAUGUCCUACAGGAUACACUGGUCUAUCUUGCGAGCAUUGCGCACCUGGUUAUCUGAGACGCGAAAGCGGGCCCUGGCUUGGCCAAUGUUACAGAGAUGAACCACCGUGUCCCCCAGGAUACUAUGGCGAUCCUUCAAGAAACAUCCCUUGCCAGAUUUGUCCUUGCCCGCUUACCAAUCCAUCGAAUCAAUUUGCUCGCACGUGUCAUCUUGGCUCUGAUGGCCAACCCACGUGUGAUUGUCCUUCUGGCUACGUUGGACGCAGGUGCGAGCAGUGUGCCACCGGUUACCAAGGGAAUCCUCUUAUUCCUGGAGAUAUGUGCGUCCCGCUUCAGCAAUGUGAUCCUAACGGUAGUCUUAGUCCUAACGCCGAUCCACAUACCGGAAAAUGUCAUUGCAAGCAAUAUGCAACGGGUCUCACUUGCAACCAAUGUAAGGCGAAUACCUUUAGUCUGGCCUCGACGAACCAAUUUGGAUGCAUAGCUUGUUUCUGUAUGGGCAUCACCAACAGAUGCGUCUCCUCUAAUUGGUAUAGGAACGAGAUUCGUGUAUCGUUUACCAACUCGAUUCGAGAUUUCUCUCUGAUCGAAUCCAAGAGCACUAACGCACCAGACAUUGUAGAAGGAAUUCAUCUAAACACCAUUAACCGAGAAAUAGUUUAUAGCGAAUUUCCCAAUCGUGGUAACAACGACGUCUACUAUUGGCAAUUGCCCAGCAUUUUCUUAGGAGAUCAAAUAACAGCUUACGGUGGUAAUCUCAAGUACACUGUCAGAUACGUGCCCUCUCCAGGCGGUCAAAGUUCAAGGAACAACGCCGCGGACGUCGAACUCAUUAGCGCUAACGACAUCAACUUGCUUUACUACUCCCGCGAGUCUCCCGAGCCUAACUCUCAGCAAUCAUUCACUGUACCAUUGCUCGAGCAAUAUUGGCAACGUAAUGAUGGAACUCAAGCGGACAGGGAGCACCUUCUAAUGGCUUUGGCGGAUGUACGAGCCAUCAGAAUCAAAUCGCAAUUAAAUGAUAACUAAUAAUAAACAAAAAACGACUAUUUAAGGCUCUCCUUCGUGUCUUUGGACACCGCCGAAAAAUAUAACACAGGUAAAGCUCGCGCAGUCGAGGUUGAAGAGUGUUCUUGUCCCGCCGGCUACAGAGGACUUUCAUGCGAGGAUUGUGACGUUGGUUACACCCGGGCCAUUGAAGGUCUCUACUUAGGCAUCUGCGAACCGUGCAACUGUAAUAAUCACUCGAAUCAAUGCGAUCCCGAAACUGGCACUUGUGAGAAUUGCGCUCAUCACACUACGGGUGAGUACUGCGAACUGUGUGAACCGGGAUACGAAGGAGACGCUACUCGGGGCACCCCGAACGAUUGCACGUAUAGAAAUCAAAGACCCGAACCAUGCAGAUGCAACGAGGCUGGUUCACGCAGCACUUCUUGCCUCGACGGUCGAUGCGAGUGUAAGAGGAACGUUGAGGGUCCAGAAUGUAAUCGAUGUCGCCCAUCGACAUACGGAUUACGCGCCGAGAACAUUGAUGGAUGCAUCGAGUGUUACUGCAGCGGGGUAACUGAUCAAUGUCAUGAGAGUACAUUAUACGUACAACAAAUACCGAUGUGGGUAUAUGACUCCCAUCACGGCUUCACUCUUACGGACUCGACUAGACGCGACAUAAUCGACGACGGCUUCGAGCUAAAUGUGGCAAUGAAUGAAAUCGGCUAUCGCUAUCCGGACAGCAGAAGCCGCAGAUUGUUCUGGUCGCUUCCGAGCGUUUUCACCGGUAAUAAAGUGAAGAGUUACGGCGGGAACUUGACUUUGACGCAGCAUAUCACCGCGUAUCCUGGCGCUCAAAGUUACAAGGAUCAAGACAUUCUGCUGAUUGGUAACGGCAUCACAUUAUUCUGGACGAAUCCGGUGGAGCUCCAGCCUGAAAUUCCGCUGACCUACACCGUUCCGUUGAAAGAGCAUGAUUGGAGAAGACUGACUACUGAAGGACCGCGCAGCGCUUCUAGGACGGAUCUCAUGAUAGUGCUUUCCAAUCUAGAAGCUAUCUUGGUCCGCGCAUCCCACAGCGAGCGAAUGACUGCAACAUACAUUAGCGACAUCAGCAUGGACACAGCUGUAGAAAAUCUGAUUGGAAAUCGACGUGCGACUCAGGUUGAAGCUUGUCGUUGUCCGACCGGUUACACGGGCACCUCCUGCGAAACCUGCGCUCGCGGUUAUUAUAGAGACACCAGCGAUCGGACUAUCAGUUACCUGGGCGCGUGUAAUCCCUGUCCAUGCAACAAGAAUGAAGAGAGCUGCGAAAUCAGCAGAUCCGGCCAUAUCAAAUGCCACUGCCUGCCAGGAUACACCGGGCAGUAUUGUCAAGACAGUGGUGAGCUCAUGGUAAGCCUAAUGCCGAUGAACGGCGAAGUCGAGCCGUAUUCCACGAUCCAAUUUACGUGCAACUAUGACUAUCCAGACAUGUUUUACAUCUAUUUUAAAUUGUCAUCGUUCGACGGAUUUCCCAUAACUGCGCGGAGUGGCGAAAUUGAGCCGAUAAAGAAGACAGAGAAAGGAGCUGUCCGUACUUGGUUCGUCCACAUGGGGGACGUCCCCUGCAACGUGGAGUGUCACAUCGUGAAUGACCGCGGCAAAGAACUGGUCAAAAUUGUGACGUCGAUUACGCCAGUUGGAGAACCGCAAACAAGUACGCAGAGCCCAGUAUCUCCACCGAAAAUCAUAGUUUACAUACAGGAAAAUGAAUUCCAGAUCGUCCAUACAGGAAAAACCGUCCGAUAUCACUGCACAGCCAGAUCCAGAGAACAUGAAUCGGUGAACAUUAGAUGGGAGAAAGAAGGUGGUCAAUUACCGCCUGAUAGGAGCGUGGACGAUUCGAAUGGACUUUUGGUCAUUAGAGAUGUGAAGGUGUCUGAUAGCGGCAUAUACGUCUGUCAAGUGAGCGACGGAACAAACAUUGGAUAUAAAAAAGUCACACUAACUGUUGGAGGAGCCAAUCCGGUAGAGCCUAGAGUCACUAUAAGUCCAUCGUCUCAGCAAGUGAGGGAAGGUGAACCUGUUGAGUUCCGUUGCGAAGCCACUGGUAAUCCGCCACCCCAACUGGAUUGGAUAAGAGUUCACGGAAGCAUGAGUCCGGAGGCGACGUUCUACAACGGCGUAUGGAGUCUUCCAGCCGCGUCGAAGAACGACGCAGCCGAGUACAAGUGCGUCGCUAGAAACAACGUUGGCAUAGAUGAAAAGACUACUCUCUUAUACGUUCAAGAUAAUCCUAAUAAACCACCACCUCAAGGCCUACCGCCAACUAUAACUCCGUCCGAAUGGUCCGGAACCAGCGAAGACGUCGUUAGGUUGAUCUGCACACCGUCUCAACAUGCAAAUGUCACCUGGUCGAGGUCCGGCGGAUUGCCAUUGCCUUAUACCGCCAGUCAGCGUGACGGUAUUUUGACGAUCACCAAUCCCACCCCCAGCGAUUCCGGCAUAUACGUGUGCACCGCGACGAGUGUUCGCGGAACAGAGACGAGCACCACUGCCAGGAUUACGAUAACAUCUCGGAGAGAACCACCGUCAGUCAAGGUCAGACCGGAACGGCAGGAGGUGAAGCAGGGCACUGUGGCUGAAGUACGAUGCAUCACCAGCGGAGAGCCAGGUCUACAGGUGAAAUGGAGCAAGUACACGGAAACGAUGAGCUCCCGUGUCCAACAAGUAGGGGACACACUUAGGAUCAUUAACGUCCAGGUCUCCGAUCGAGGAGUGUACCUCUGCCGAGUUACUAGCCCCACAGGCAGUUACGAGGCCAGUGCCAUCAUCGAAGUUGAACCUCGUGAAGCUCCAGUUUUAGAGCUGUAUCCACAAGAUAUACAAACUGUCAUCCUCGGCGGUUCCGCGGAUCUUCAGUGUCGUGCGAAGGCCGGUUUCCCGGUGCCCGAGUUGCGAUGGUCUCGCCAAGACAAUCGACCAUUCGCCUCCAACAUUGAGCAGCUUCCUGGUGGACUUCUUAGACUGUCGAACAUCACAGAGAACGACGGCGGUGCCUACAUCUGUUCCGCGUCAAAUGAAGUCGGCUCGACGUCAGUCAUCGCGCAUAUCGAGGUGCAGUCUAUGCCUGUGAUCACCAUCACACCGCAGCACGGUAUCUUGCAGGUGAAACGCGGAAGUAGAGUCCGUUUGAUGUGCAGCGCAAACGGUCAUCCGCAACCAAAUGUGGCUUGGAGCAAAUAUGUGAACGGAAUAACGAUACAGGACACAUAUAGCAGAACAGCGGCUACUCCUUUAAGUGCCGUUUACGAAAUAUUCUCUGUUUCACCCGACGAUGAAGGAUCUUACACUUGCACAGCUACGAACGCCGUAGGAAUAGCCGAAGAACGUGUCCAGAUCCGUAUCGAGGAUGAUGACGAUUAUGUCCCUUGCACUGGCGACAGAGGUGAUAUUCCAUGCGACGAUGAUGGACAGCGAUCACAACCUGAUUCUAGGGACCCGAAUCAAACAGAGGGAGGAGUAUUGAUUCCCAAAGACUACUUGAGAAUCCCAGACGGUGGCAAAGUGGAGAUGCGUUGUCAGGUCUUCGGACCAGAUGGGGACCACAUCUAUCUGGACUGGAAGAGAAGCGAUCAUCGUUCCCUCCCAGAAGGUAGCACAGUGCACAAUGGAGUGUUAAGUAUCCCGACUGUUGAUAGAAACGCGGCUGGAGAAUACAUCUGUUUGGGCUUGGAUCCUGCCGGCACAGUGCUCUUCCGGGCGAAAUCUCAUCUUGAAAUUAUAUCUCCACCAAGAAUUGAAUUAAAUCCAACGCGCCAGACAGUAGGACCUGGAGAAAAUCCAUCUAUAAUUUGCACCGCUACGGGAGACGAACCCCUGCACAUCGAGUGGAAAGCUAUAGGACGCCCGUUACCAUAUUCUGUAUCGGACAGCGGUGGCAUCCUGCAAUUCCAUGGCAUUACAUAUUCCGACGCUGGCAAAUACGUGUGUAAAGCGACGAACGCAGCAGGAACGGCGGAAGCGGUAGCAGAAGUUUUAGUUAAUGAACAUCCUUAUGACAAUGCAAGGAUCCGCGCUGAACAAAGAGACGUAGUAACUCAUGCCGGUAAUUCUGUACGCUUACGUUGCGAGAUGCGCGAACGUGCGACGAUCCAUUGGAGCCGAGAGGGGCUAUCGUUGCCAGCCAACGCGCGAAUCGGAGAAGAUUACUUGGAGCUGACGCAAGUGAAACCGGAAGACAGCGGAAGAUACAUCUGUCAGAUCCAGACGAGCCGCGGUGUAUCCAGCGAUUAUAUUAAUUUCAACGUUUCUCCUGCUGCAGUGCCUUCAAUAAGCAUCGAAGUAUCUCAAGAUCCAAUAAACAUCGGUGACACUGUUGAUAUACAUUGCACAUACACUGGAACACGCAAUCCACGUUAUCGCUGGACGAGACCGAAUCAUGUGAGCCUACCAACAAACGCACAGGAGUACGGCAACGUCUUGAGGCUAACUAAUGUAGUCGUUAGCGAUAGCGGACCCUAUAGGUGCACAGUAGACACACCCGAAGGCAUACUCGCGAAGGACUUCAAUCUUAUCGUCCACGGCGGAAUCCUCGAUGAACCAGCGAUUGAAACCAAAUUGGCGCCGUAUGGAUCAAGUCUGGAAAUGGAUUGCCGGUUAGAUCUCGAUCCGCCAAUACAAUUCCAGUGGAACAAACUCGGUGGACUUCUGCCACGUGACAGUCAGACUUAUGAGAACAAAUUAAAGUUAACUAAUGUAAAGGCUGAAGAUGCUGGAACGUACAUUUGCUCCGGAAAUAAUGAAGAAUCGCGAGUCGAAGUGCCUACGGUGCUAGUUGUAACAGGAGUUGUGCCCAAUUUUAGUCAGGCACCCGAAAGCUACAUCGCUUUCCCUCCUCUACCUGACUCCUACCUCAAGUUCAACAUCGAAAUCUCUUUCAAACCGGAAAGUUACGAUGGCAUUCUGUUAUACAACGACGAAUCUGGUCACGGUGACGGCGACUUUAUCGUUUUAUCUCUAAACAACGGAUACCCACAAUUCAAAUUCAAUCUCGGCUCUGGACCAGCUGUUAUUCGCGCGGAUAAGCCUGUCACUUUGAGCGAGUGGCACACCAUCAAGAUCCAACGCAAUCGAAAGGAAGGAACGAUGCUGGUGGACGGCGAAGGCCCUUACAAGAUGGUCGCUUUAGGCAGACGCCAAGGUCUCGAUCUUAAAGAACCUCUUUACAUCGGCGGAGUGCCCAGCUACAGUAGAAUCAACGUGCAAGCCGAAGCGAACACUGGUUUCGUCGGAUGCAUCAGCCGACUAAUCCUCGGGGAGAAACAGGUCGAUCUGAUUGGCGAUCAGACUGACAGCGUGGGCAUUACGACUUGCGAAACCUGCGCAGAGAAUCCCUGCAACAAUGGUGGUGUAUGUCAGGAAGCGGCCACGAAAAACGGCUACACAUGUCUGUGCCGAGCCGGUUUCAGCGGCAAACAUUGCGACAACAUCGGACAAUCCUGUUAUUCAGGUGCUUGCGGAGAAGGUGAAUGCAUUGAUAAAGAAGUCGGCGGCUUCCAUUGUUACUGCCCGAUCGGGAAGACAGGACCAAGAUGCGAGCAUUCGGUGAACGUCUACGACCCGGCUUUCCAUGAUGACAGAGCUUUCAUCGCUCACGAGACUCCAAAAGCUCUUAGACGGCUUAAGGUAGCCAUGAGUUUUAAUCCGGCGGACUCUGGAGACGGAAUCUUGAUGUAUUGUUCUCAAAAUGACGAAGGCCUCGGAGAUUUUGCAGCACUCGUGAUAAAGGAUAGGCACGUCGAGUUUCGUUUCGAUAUCGGUUCUGGAAUAGCGACAAUAAGAUCAUCUCAUCCCAUUCAAUCUGGUGUAUGGGCGCAUGUGACGAUGAAUCGAGAUUUCAAGGAUGCGAAACUGUCAGUGAAUGGUGAGCCAUUUGUGGAGGGCAAGUCACUCGGAGCGGCGAGAACUAUGAACCUAAAUACGCCUCUUUACAUCGGAGGGGUUGAUCACAGAAGAAUCACGAUCAAUCGGAACGUCGGUGUUGAUCGGAGCUUCCGUGGAUGCAUAAGCGAACUCGAAGUUUCGUCGGUCAGUUUGGAUAUAGUAAAGUCAUCAAUCGACGCAGCUAAUAUUGAGGACUGUUCAGAGCCUCAUCCGAAUCAAACAAUGAUUCAUACCACUAUCACUACUCCAGCACCCACACAGCCGCCAACAACAUCGUACUAUCCUUGUGCAGCGAACCCUUGCAUCCAUGGCCAGUGUCAAAAUUUAAACGAUGAUUAUUCGUGUACAUGCGAAUACGGAUACGCAGGUAGAAACUGCGAGAAGAUGCAAAAGCAAUGUGAAUUUCUUACCCCAUGUAGAAACGGUGGUACCUGUACGGAUCUCCAUGAUUCCUAUAAAUGCGAUUGUCGCCUUGGUUACAACGGGCAAAAUUGCGAAAAGUUGGCAGAGAUUACGUAUGAUGUUGCCUUUAGAGGAGACGGCUGGCUGGAACUAGACAGAUCUGUUAUGAUGCACGAAGAAGAGCGUGAGGUUUUCGGCCUCGAGAUCAGCACUAAUAAGAGUUAUGGAUUGAUCAUGUGGCAUGGUCAAACGCCGAACGAUCUAACUCCCGAUGAUUAUAUCGCUGUUGCUGUAGUAGAUGGGUACGUGGAGUAUCAAUACAACUUGGGCUCUGGUCCCGCUGUGAUUCGCAUCACCGCCCAACGCGUCGAUGACGGGGAACGGCACAGGAUAAUCCUGAAACGUCAAAGAAGCGACGGUAGCAUCGAACUAAACGGUGAACACACCGAGAGCGGUGUAAGUGACGGACUUCAACAAAUUCUUAAUGCAAAGGGUAACGUUUACUUGGGUGGUUUACCUGAUUAUGCAAUGACUUAUGGUAAAUACCACGACGGAUUCUCCGGUUGCAUUUACACGCUGGAGGUGCAGGACUCAGGGGCUAUCGAUAUCGGCGAGAAGGCCAUCAGGGGAGUAAAUGUCUCACCGUGCACCAGAGUAAGAUGGAUACCAUCUUCGCUGGUAUUCACGGAUGCGGAUGCGGACGGAUUCGAUGCGUUUGUACCACCGCCGCCGGUGAACAUUAUUCAUCCAAAACCCGCGUCCAAUCUUGCCGCGUACGACAUGACGAGUUAUUCAUUAUUAAUUAUACUUCAAAAUCUUAUCGCUUUGACUAGGGACAUUAAGGAACAAAGUGUACUUUUCACGCUGUUAUGCGUAGACGCAGUUAACGUUCUCAACGGCUUGUUAAGCUAAAUGAAUAGAACAUUAUCGAUUUCACUUGUCGGAAAUACACAUUUCCCUUUAGACCAAAUCAUGUUAUUAUCAAAUCACGCUGCAAAUGUACAGUAUUCUUUAAAGGGUGUGUAUUUCUGCGAGUUUGCAUAAUAUGUACAGUUAAUAAAUUUGUAAAUUAUUUAAUGCUUAACACCGACGUUGGAAGUAACACGGCGAA